UCAGACGUGCACAGCACUGCUUGUUGUCAGUUACAACAAAAUGGCUGCUGGAGCACUGCGUAAGAGAAUCCACUGAAUGCUUCAUGACAACAAUUCAACGAACAACAUUUUUCAUGGAUAUCUGGGAAUUCUCUCAUUCUUCAUGCAUUGGAUAUUGCAGACAUUUGCUUUACUGGAUGCAUUUACAAAGUGAUCUUUCUGCGCAUUGAUUAAGAAAUCCUUUUUGCACUUUAAAAACCGUGCAUCGACUUUGUCGAUGUGAAUACGUCAAAAAGCUCAAACUGCCUGUUACUGUGUACGUAGUUGGACAGCUUCAGCCGCGAUGCCGAGAUGCUUUAGCUGGUUAAUAUUUGUGGCUUGCUGAAAUAUAUAACUGUUGGUCGAUCGUCAAAGCAUUCCCUCCUUUUGCACUGGCGUUUUGUUGUUUUGAAUGUCCUGAGCGAGGGAUGAAAAUAAGCCUACAUACUUGGAAGUGAAUUCCUUCACUGAAGAGGAAAAGCAACGGUCAACAUUGUCUUUUCAAAGCGGUGCAAACCUUACAGUGCGUCUAAGCAAUUCACCGCAUUGCAUUAAAGCGGGUGAAUAGGUCUGUUAUUACGGGUAUCAAGAGCAAAGCUUCGUUUUUUUCCACAGUGCGAUGAAUGCAUCAAAUUGAACCUAACGCUGCCAAAGCUCAACACCCAACAUAAGCCAAGAGCCGAAGCAGGGUACACUAGUAGAGAACCAUUUGAUGGAAGAAAAGAAAAAGAAAAAGCAAGAAGAAAAGAAAAAGAAGGACGCUGCUCAGAAGAAGGCUGCUGAACAGAAAACCAAAGUGCCAGAGUCUGCCAAGCCCGGCGGCCCUGCCCCUCUCCCCCCCACCAGCCCUCCCGGGCCCCCCAGCAGUGGCACCAGUGGCAAUGGCAAGCGCGCUCCCUCCUCAUCCUCCUCCUCCGUCUCCUCCUCCUCCACCUGCCUCUCUAGCGCCACCCAGCAGCAGACGCAGACACAGCAGCAGCAGCAGUCCCAGCAGCAGCAGCAGCAGCAGUCGGCAGGCCCGAGAUACCCGCCCCGAGAGGUGCCCCCGCGCUUCCGCCAGCACGAGCACAAGCAGCUACUGAAGCGUGGCCAGCCUCUGCCCCCCGGCACCCUGCCACUCGCCUCCGUGGCCCUGACUAACCAGUCGACCCAGGGACAGUCGGUGUCAUCGUCCACCCAGCAGCCCUCUUCCAGCUCAGUCGCACAGCAGCAGACACCAGCAGCAGCCUCCAGCAAAGGUCAGCCAGAGCUCCCUCCGCAGAGUGCUCAGGGAGCCCAGUAUGAGAAUCCCCUUUGGGGACACCUACACACCAAUCGCAGUGCCACCACUACCACCAACGCCCCCCUCAAUCCCAGCAGCCUCGGCGCUAACGGUGGUGGAGCAGCAGCAGCAGCAAACGCAGCAGGAGGAGGUGCAGGAAGUGGCUGGGAUCAACUGAUCAUCGACGAGAGCGAUACCGAGGCGUGGCCUUCCAUUUCCCGCCGCGAGAGCCACCCCUCGGCAGUAUGCCCUGCCCCCUCUGACUGCCUAUUGGACAGCAGCAGCAGCGGCGGCAGCAGCAGCACAAACAUGGCCUCUGGGCCGGCCCACACGGGCCACUUUGCAGCCAAUCACCCCAAAGCCGGCGGCCCUGGCGGCCAGGGCGGUGUCAACCGCGGCUGGGGUCCCAACCCCGGCCAAGGCCCUUGCUCUGACGGCAAGGGCGACGGCGGUAUGCCAAUGGGAGGGAGGAACCAGCCCAGCUGGGGGUCCCCGUCCCCGAGCUUUAACUUGAACCUGAACCCCAGCGCCAACCCCUCGGCCUGGCCCGUGCUGGGUCACGAGGGGCCUGGGCCUGGGGGCGGCAGCUCCGGCAUGGGAGGGACUAACCCGCCUCCCGUUGCCGGCAACCUCCACGGCCCGUCUGCAGCAGCAGCAGCGGCGGCGGCGGCGUGCGUGAACCCCAAUCAGGGCGCCAACGGGAACCAUCCCGGCUCUGGGUCCGGCAGCGCCUGGGGCGGCAUGAUGCCCCCCACAGAUGGCCCGGACUCGCACCACCACCACCACCACCACCACCACUCCUCCCCGUCCACGAAUGUGUCUUUCAGCAGCUCCUCAGAACCUCAGAACCUUAACACUGACGGACCAAAUCACGGCAGGCAGCAGCAGCAGCAGCAGCAGCAGCAGCAGGAGGCCUCCAGCCCCGUCCACGGCCUGCCCGGCUGGGGCUCCGGCUCCGUCGGCCAGCCUAUGGCCGGGGGUGGCAACGGGGGCGGCACCGGGGGCUCCCAGGUCAACGGGGCAGACGGCUCCGUUUGGGGUCACGGAGACUCCAACAAAUCGGGCCCUUCCUCGAAGGACUCUGGCUGGGAGUCGGCGGCGUCCGGCUGGGGUCGCGGAGGAGGAGGAGGAGGAGGAGGAAGCUCGGCAGCUGGCACGUCGGGAUGGGGGCAGCCUUCCUCCAGCGGAGACUGGGGCAAGCCCUCCGGAGAGGCCAAAGGCUGGGACUCUGUCGGCUCUCCUUCCCAGGAGCAGCAGAUGGGCGGCUGGGGCCAAGGCGGCGGAGGAGGGACGCCGGCCAGCGAGGGUAGCGUGGACAGCCAGGACACGGGCUCUCACCGGGACGGCCACUCCAGGAAAGAGCCCGUGCCACUGGUGCCUGCCCAGGACCUGGACCCCAGGGUGCUGUGCAACACGGGCUGGGGACAGACCCCGGUGAGGCAGCACACCUCCUGGGAGACGGAGGAGGCGGCUCGCGCCGGCAACAAGAACGACUCCUCCGGCACCGAGAUGUGGGGGGGUUCCUCCUCCAGCGCUACCUCCGCCGCCCCCCAGCACAACGCCAACGCCGGCCCCGCAUCCAUGUCGGAGUCCGCAGGCAAGAGCCGCCAUGACUCCAGCGUGGCGUCCAACUCGGGCUGGGGAGCCCCUAUGCCUAACCCUAAUCAGCACGGGGGGUCUGGAUGGGGAGAGCCACCAGGGAACAAGAAGCCCAGCAACGGGCCCAACGGAGGCGGCUGGGGCAAUCCACCCCAGCAGCAAGGAGGAGGUGGAGGAGGAGGGCCCGGGUCCAACAUGCCCAAAAACGGACCCUCCUCCUGGGGCUCGGAGGAGAAGUCUCCCAGCUGGGGGGACAACAACCCCAACAACAAAGCCAAACCCCAAGGAUGGGGCGACGGGCCCAAAGCCAGCCACGGCGGCUGGGGCAAAGGAGGAGGAGGAGGAGGAGGGGACGGGAGCCCCAGCGGAGACUGGGGAGAUCCUGGGGAUGGCAAGAAGAGGAGCCCCACCAACUCCACCUGGGAUGGGGAUGGAGGAGGUGGAGGUGACAGAGGAGGAGGAGGAGGAGGAGGAGGAGGAGGCGGCUGGGGAAAGGACAACUGGGGGAAGCCUGCUCCUGCAGCAGGUGGAGGACCAGGCAUGGCUGGAGGAGGAGGAGGAGGUGGAGGAAGUGGCUGGGGUGAACCCCAGCGCCCCAGUGGCCCUGCCCAGGGCUGGAACAGUAAACCCCAGGAGAGCAGCAACGGUAGCAGCGGCGGAGGCCCAGGUCCAGGACCAGGAGGGCGCGUGGGCUCCUGGGGCGGCCCCAACGCUGUCAAGCAGCCUGGCUCCGGCUCUGGCUCCGGUUGGGGAGGAGGUGACGGAGGUGAAAGAGGAGGUGAAAGAAGAGCUGGCAACGGAGGUGGACUUAAGCAGGCGCGUCCAGGGGAGCCCACAGGCUGGGGCGCGCCCUCCCCGCCCUCCAUCCGCCGCAAGAUGGAGAUCGACGACGGUACCUCGGCUUGGGGGGACCCGACCAGCUACAACAAGUCAGUCAACCUCUGGGACAGGAACAACCCGGGGGUGCAGGGCAAGAACGCGCCACCAGGGGGCAACAACGUCAGCGGUAGCGUCACCAACAGCAACAGCAGCAGCAGCAGCAUGGGCAGUGGCAACAACAAUAACAAUCCUCCUCCAUCCGUCAACCCCCAGCUCCUGCACCAUCCGCACCACGGUCCCCCUCCGCCUUCCAUGCCCAACAUGAGCCACAACCACAACCAUAAUCACAGCCACGGCCAUGGUCACGGCCCCGGCAACAACAACAACAACGGCAGCUCCAACGACGGAGGCGGAGGCGGAGGACCUCACCAGCCCGGGCCACCGCACAGCAGGGCACCUCUCAUGAGUCAAGGUAAGAGAGGGUGGGGGGAGAUGUCCAACGUCCACUCUAAACCUGAGCCUUCCUGGGGGGAGCCGGCGCCCCCACCAACAACGGUGGACAACGGCACCUCGGCCUGGGGCAAGCCCCAGGGCAGCUGCGGAGGAUGGGGGGACAACGGCCCAGAGGCGUACAAGAGGGGCAACCCGCCCCCCGGACCAGCACCUUGCAAGCCAGCCCCCAAAUCUAUGCAAGAUGGCUGGGGAGGCGGCGGGGAGGAGAUGGACAUCUCGCGGAGCCAGUGGGAGUCUGAGGACGGAGGGGACAUGUGGAACAACGCGGCCUCGCAGGAGAGCAACUCCUCCUGCAACUCCUGGGGUAACGCACCCAAGAAGAUGCCACCGCCCAAGGUGAAGGUUCCUAAUAAGCCAGACGAUGGCUGGAUCAUGAACCGCCUCAUCAAGCAGCUGACUGACAUGGGCUUCCCGAGAGACCCUGCGGAGGAGGCUCUGAAAAGCAACAACAUGAACCUGGAUCAGGCCAUGAGUGCCCUGCUGGAGAAGAAGGGGGAGCUGGACAAGCGGGGGAUGGGCCUGGCCGACUACAACAACGGCCUGCUGGCCAAGCAGAUGGGCUGCCGGCCUCCGCUCAUCUCCAAAGACAACUCCUCAGACCGCGGAGCCCUCUGUGACAAGGAUGGCGGGCUGGUGGAUGACCCCCAGACCUCACCGUUUCUGCCUUCCCCGGCCCUCAAGCUCCCCCUGGCUAACCCGGCCAUGCCCGGACAGGGCCUGGGCAUCGCCAUGCCAAACUUGAACAACAGACAGAUGCAGAGUGGAAUGUUUGUGAGCAGUGGUGCGGCCCAGGCAGCGCGGGCCCUCCAGCAGCAGCAGCAGCAGCAGCAGCAGCAGCAGCUUCCUCCCCCCCAGCCCAGCGUGCCGCCUCUGGCCUCCUCCCAGCCUAGUCUACGUGCGCAAGUGCCUCAGUUUCUCUCCCCUCAGGUUCAAGCACAGCUCUUACAGUUUGCAGCAAAAAACAUUGGACUCAACCCUGCACUUUUGACCUCACCAAUAAACCCUCAACACAUGACCCUGUUGAACCAACUGUACCAGCUGCAGCUGGCAUACCAACGUUUACAGAUCCAGCAGCAAAUGUUGCAGGCACAGCGCAAUGUUUCUGGCCCCAUCCGACAGCAAGAGCAACAAGUUGCACGUACAAUCAACAACAUGCAGCAGCAGAUCCAACAGCACCAGAGGCAGCUAGCCCAGGCCCUGCUCAUGAAGCAACAGCAGCAGCAGCAGCAGCCCCCUCCAGCCCAGCCCCCCGCACACCCUGGCCUGCACCCCGGCGCCGGCAAAUCAGCCCUGGACAACUUCCCAGGCCAGCCCCAGGCUCCAGGCCUGCCCAUGGCCGACCUGCAGCAGACCAAAGAGAGCCAGUCUUCGGCCAACUCCUUUGGCCCUUACUCACUCCCAGCUGGCCUGAACCCCAACAUGAAUGUAGACUGCAUGGAGGUGGGCAUGGCAGGCCUGUCCCUGAAGGAGCCCCCCCAGCCCCAGUCCCGCCUGUCCCAGUGGACGCACCCCAACUCCAUGGACCUCUCGCCCGGCUCCUCGCCCACCGAGCCCAGCCUCAGCAAACACGGUGCCAUAACUGCUGCCCCCAGCCUGGGUCCCCCAGGGAAGGCCCUGGAUGACUCCUACAGCCCCUACAGCCUGAUGGGGGGCUCCGACUCCCCCACAAGCCCCCUGGUGGGCCACGAGAGCUGGGCCCCCACCAAGACCGCCAACGACAAGAUCUCAAACGGGACCACUGUUAGCUGGCCCCCUGAAUUCUGCCCUGGUGUUCCAUGGAAAGGACUGCAGAACAUUGACCCCGAGAACGACCCCAACAUGACCCCAGGAAGUGUUCCCAGCGGACCCACCAUCAACACCAAUAUCCAGGACGUCAAUCGCUACCUGCUCAGAGACAGGAGUGGAGGCAAGCUGCCAGACAUGAAGUCCACCUGGUCUCCGGGCCCCAUAUCACACCCACAGCCAUCGCUGUCCCAUGAGCUCUGGAAGGUUCCCCAGGGCCAUCGCAGCACCGGGGCCGCCCCGACCCGCCCUCCACCAGGCCUCAGCAACCUCAGCAACCCCAGCAAGCCCUCCUCCACCUGGGGAGGCAACUCCCUGGGUCUGGCCCAGGGCUGGAGCAACUCCUACACCUCAGGCACAAUGCAAGGUACCACGUGGAGCACAGACAGCUCCAACAGGACCAGCAGCUGGCUGGUGCUGAGGAACCUCACGCCUCAGAUUGACGGCUCGACCCUGCGGACGCUGUGCAUGCAGCACGGGCCUCUCAUCACCUUCCACCUGAACCUGACGCAGGGCAACGCCGUGGUGCGCUACAGCUCCAAAGAGGAGGCCGCCAAGGCCCAGAAGUCCCUGCACAUGUGUGUGCUGGGUAACACCACUAUCCUAGCGGAGUUUGCCGGUGAGGAGGAGGUGAACCGCUUCUUUGCACAGGGCCAGACGCACACGCCCCCCACCACCAGCUGGCAGGCCAGCCAGCCCUCGGCCAAUCAGGCGCGCAUGGGCGUGGCCGGAGGCUCCUCCCACAGCGGCCUGGACCACUGGGGCAGCGGCGGGACGGCAAGCGGCAUGGCCAUGGGCGUGCCUGUGGGCGGCGGGGUAGGAGCCGGGUCUGCUGGGAAGGCGGGCGGCGGAGAGCUGCUGUGGGGGGGAGUGCCACAGUACUCCAGCCUGUGGGGACCCCCCGGGGGAGAGGACGGGAGGGUGGUGGGCAGCCCCACCCCCAUCAACACGCUGCUUCCUGGAGACCUGCUGAGCGGGGAGUCCAUGUAAGGAGGAGGAGGAGGGCUGGAGGACCCGGGGAGGAUAGACGGAUGGGACGGGAGAGAAGAUCCUGAAGACUGAACUCCAUCUUCCUAGUCCUUCUCCACUCCACCCAUACCUACCCACCCCCCAGUCCCCAACCCCACACCACUGCCCACUACCCCCUUUGGAAAAGUACUGGUUGUGGAGACGAGGAGGAGUAUUUUUUCCUCUUCUUUCAGUUACAAAUUGGAAAAAAAACCCUGAAUAUAAACAAACAAGCAAGCAAAGAGACAAACAAAUAUUUACAUACAGGAGCAAAAACCAAGCAAAUGUUGUGGUGAUAAUCAGCAUGGGUGGAGGAGAUGACAAUAAGAGACAGGAGACCGAGGCAAUACACCUUGUAAAGGCUGCUGACAUUUCUUCUGCUUCGUUUGACCCUUGUCAGUUUUUAUCAUUUUUUUGUCAUUUCAUUAGUUUCCUGUUUGAGUCCUAUUUUUUGUGAGUUUUAGUUUGUUGUAUGUUUUUUGGUCACAGUGUUCUGUUGGACUUUGACUGUGAGGAGUAAGCAGUUACAGAUACAAGAGACAAAACGGAUUGAAACUCUUUCGCCACAGGGGAGUUCCAGCAAUGUGGGGUGUGAAUGUUUGUGUGUGUGCGUGCGUGUGUGCGUGUGUAAGUGUGUUUGCAGUAUGCAUUUGUAUGGAUGUGUGUUUUAAUGUGUAUUUUUUGACUACAACUGAUGAUACAAGCUGCCAUUUUGAAAAACAGAACGGAAAUCCCCCCCUCCCCCCUUGCCCAACACCCCCUUCCAACUAAAGUCCUCCAUCCUGACCCUGAGACUGACUGACCACCGACAUUGAGUAUCAUUCCAAGCCCAUCCGAGUCUUUUGAACCACAAUCAGCACCUUCUUCUUGGACCUGCCCCCAUUGAUUUGGUGGUUCUGUCUUGUUGCAGCACUUAAACUAGCCUUAAACUGUGCCCUUGUUCCACCAUACAUACUACACCAUAUGACACACCCUUGUUGCCAGUGAAGAAUUGCGCACAGCCUUGUGUCUGAGCCAGAGCUGGAGAGGGAAAUGAACCUUUUUGAAGGGUUGAGGAGGGGGGGUUAUUUCAUGCUACUAGAGAUGGGCCAGCUAUCAUCAUGAAGGUCAGAGGAAAAGCCUUCCAUGUUGGCCUGACAGUUGAUGGGUUGCCCACAUUCACCCCUUGGAUCUCCACCAUUUCUUUGGUAAUAAUGGGCUGGAAUACCUCCUCCUCCAAUCAAAAUAUGUACGUCUUGCAGAGGGUCCGAAUGUGUGUUCAGGGGCCAAGGGUAUGUGUGUGACGUGUGAGUUUGUUGAAUGUGUGUUGAAUGUGUGACUUAGUGAGAAAGACGAGAUCAACCACUGCUUCAUCGUAUCUUUCAGGAACUCUUUGAUUUCUCUGAUGCUGCACAUCUGUUUGUAGUUGAACUUUUGUUGGGUUUUUGUUGUUGUUUUUUAUUGAUGAGGUGGACUACUGCAAGCCAAUCUAGUCCACUGGGUUCCUGGCACUGCUGGUCCACGAUCCUUUGCAGUGAUGAGCAGAGAAAGAGAGAGAGAGAGAGUGUGAUAGAGUGCCAUCGCCAUGGUAACCAAGAGCCUUCUUCGUCCAUCCGUUCGCCACGCAGACAGACACCGCUAAUGCCAGUCUAAGUUCAUCUCUCUGCAAAACCAGGAACCAGGGACAAGGACCAGCAUCCAACCAAUGUAACUUUAUCAGCUCAACUCAACCCAGCCCAACCAGAAAGGUCACAUCAAGGUCGACCCAAGUUCUACCCAUACCCUGGUGAACCCUGGAAUAUACAAAGCACUUCAACCAACCUUCCGUCCUUAAUCCCAGACACCCAAAAUCACUUCACCACCCCCUUUCUUGAAGGCAUCAUACCAAAUAAGGUUGGAGGAGGGUGUGGGAUUGUCCUCCCAUCCCCUCACACUUCUUCCUUCUAGUGGACAAGGUGCAUUUGUUCCUCCUUAGUUACGCAUCUUGCUUAUUAAUGUUUUAUUCUCGUUUAGGGCAUACCAGGUACAAAACAAAAAUGUACGCUAACAGACAGUCAGACAGAAGCAAGUGGAAAGAGGUCGUACCCUACAUAGCACUUAGUGUUGAGCGCCAAGCUCUAACUGUCAGUACCAACGAGAGAAGUGGAGUGGAGAAGCAAACACUGAAAAAAAGGAAUGAACUUUUCAAAAGCAAUCGACACUGCUUCUCCACAUCCUCUUUGAGGCUGGUCUAAGACUUCUAGGAAAAGGGCAGGAAGGUCCUCUUUUCCACACGUUUUCUUUUUAUUCUUUCAUGGGCACAGACCAUGAAGGCUUAUUUUUACAGUCAGACAUUGUAAAAUGAAGGGAAGACAAAGACUUUUUUUAAAAAAACGUCAUGCAAUGUUUUGACAGGUGGUUUACUUUGAGUUGUUUUUUGGUCUUUUGACUCUUAUCAAAGUGAAAAAAACAACAAAAAAACAAAAA